UGUGUGAUUGAAAUCCAAUUCCAUUUCAAACGAGAACAUAAGAUAAGGUGGUUUGUAUACUGAAAUUCGAAGUAGUAAUACUGUAGCCUACUUCCAAAGAAUAACAGCAGGAUGUCAGUAUUUACUUUGGCUUUGCAUUAGUUAAGUGGAACGUUUCGUUUUCAGACUCGAUAACUGGAACGAAAACCGUUGACUUUCUUCUGAGUUUAUACCCCCUAGGAACUGCAUUUUGUUUCUAAGCUAUCAUGUAAUCAGAGGGGUUCAGUAAAGAUAAGGGACACUUUCCGCCAACAUGUCCCUAUGAGUGUGUGUAACACGUCGUUGAUGGGGUCAUGUUUCGAGUGCCUGUCGUCGUGGUAACGUUAGUGGUCAAACAUACUACACGAUAAAGAGCAUUUAGGAUCAGUUGUACUUGCACCUCUAGAGCGAAGGAAGAAAAGUGAAUCGCAAAAACUCUCGGGGAUACAUUGACUUAAAAACUUAAUUCGAUCAAUCAAAGUCCGAUUACUCAAUCUACGUCAACACAACACAAAUUACAUAGCACCUCUCACACAUUUUGUUUGCACAAGUGAGCUUGAAAGAGACUCUACUCAAAAUUUGUUACUUUAAAUUGAAUUAUCACUAAUUAAACACGGAUGUCGCCAACACUAUGGAUUAUCACUUCUGGUCCGUCAGUCGUUUGCCAUUAGACGGAGUUACUGUUAUUUUUACAUUUACUUGUCCAAUCACACAAUUGUCUCAAUUAUUUGAUGCACCACCGCCAUCGUUAUGUCACACUCUUACGUCGAUUUCACCUGCCUAGUCGCAGCCGUAGCCGUUUUUGUUUUCUGGAUCGGAUACUGGUUCGUCCAUGCUCUAGCAAUUGCUUAUGGAAAAUGGAAGUUGCAUCACAAGAGCUGCAAGCUACCAAUGGAAACACCAUAUCCGGCCGUUUCUAUCCUGAAGCCGCUCACUGGAGUUGAUGUUAAUUUGUUUAGUAAUCUCGAAACGUUUUUUACAAUGGAGUAUCCGGUGUACGAAUUACUUUUUUGUAUCAGUGACGAAAGCGACCCGUCAUUGAUGUUGGUCAAAAAGUUAAUAGAGAAAUACCCCAAAGUAGACGCCCGAAUUUUUGUUGGUGGCGAAAAAGUAGGCAUCAAUCCCAAAAUAAACAAUAUUCAGCUUGGUUAUGCUUCUGCCAAAUACGAAUUAUUUAUGAUCUCAGAUGCUGGUGUUCGUAUGAAAGAAGACACGCUUAUUGAUAUGGUACAACAUUUGAAAGAAGAUGUUGGAUUAAUUCACCAAAUGCCAUUCGUAUGUGACCGCGACGGGUUCCCAGCCGUCUUAGAGAAAAUUUAUUUUGGAACAGCCCAUGCUCGAAUCUAUUUGGCAGCUGAUUUCGCAGGAGUUAAUUGUGCUACGGGUAUGUCGGCUUUGAUGCGAAAGAAGCUGAUUGACGACGCCGGUGGUCUUAAAGCAUUUGGAUGCUAUUUGGCCGAAGACUUCUUUCUGGCCAAGGCUAUUAAAGACCGUGGCUGGAAAAUUGGUAUUUGCAGCCAACCUGCGUGGCAGAAUCCCGGCGUCUGCCACAUACCCACUUUCCAGAAACGAAUCAUUCGUUGGGCAAAACUGAGAAUUGCAAUGGUUCCCAGCACAAUUGUCUUUGAACCGCUUUCAGAGUGCAUGAUGCUUGGUAUCUUAGCUGCAUGGUCCAUUUAUUGGCUGUUUGAAUGUGAUCCACUUGCAGUCUAUUUAUUGCACGUUCUUUUUUGGUUUUUGCUAGAUUGGAUUCUUCUUUCUAUUGUACAAAAUGGCCCGCUACCCUUCAGCAAGUUUGAAUUUGUGCUAGGAUGGUUUCUGCGAGAGCUGAGCGCACCUUUUCUGUUCCUCAAUGCUCUGCUUCGACCAGCCAUCCGCUGGAAAGCAGGAGUUUACCGCCUCAAGUGGGGAGGAGUUGUUGAGGAGAUAAACCCUACUGUGAAACUGUGACAAGUUUUCCGUAUGACUUAUGCGAUUUAUAUCGCGAGCGAUAACAAACAGGGAACAAUGAAAAUCUUGUUUUUCAGUGUAUUGAUCAGUUUGAUCACAAAGAUAGUCGUACAGAAAGUUAUGCGUCAUCAUUUUGCAUUGAUAUCAGAGUUGUGACAAUGAGUCAGAGUUAUGACUCUUCGUGACCAAAUAGCGUACAUGCAGUCUGUAAAAGAUAAAGAGAGUAUCAAUUUUAAACGUGAGUCAUCAAUUACAUGAAAUAUAUGUCUAUAUAUUGUU